AUGAAGUUCUCUUUGACCGCUGCCGUCCUGGCUCUGGCCACCACCGUUGCCGCUCUGCCUCCACCCGGUGACGUUUCUUCCCACAGCGACCUAGAAGGCGUUGGCAAUGGUAAGGGUAACAAGGGCAACAACGACGUCCGGUUCCCUGUCCCCGCGGACAUGACCAUCAAGCAAGCCUCCGAGAAGUGUGGUGACCAGGCUCAGCUGUCCUGCUGCAACAAGGCCACCUAUGCCGGCGAUACCACCACUAUCGAUGACGGUAUCCUCGCCGGUGCGCUCAGCAAUCUCCUCGGCGCUGGCUCCGGAAGCGAGGGUAUCGGUCUCUUUGACCAGUGCUCCAAGCUUCCGCUCCAGGUCAAUAUUAUUGCGAUUGGUCUGCAGGACCUCCUCAACCAGCAGUGCAAGCAAAACAUUGCUUGCUGCCAGAACUCGCCUUCCGAUGCGAGCGACGACCUCAUCGGUCUCGGUCUUCCUUGCAUUGCUCUUGGUUCCAUCCUCUAG